CUGCCCCCAGGCCACAAGAGGACUGAGCUGGGGGCCUAAGCAGGGAUGGGGUGAGGUGCAACACCAGCUCCUGCAGCGCCCUGCCCAGCCCUGCCUGAGGCCGAGCCGGCCGCUGGGGACAGGGGUGGAGCGGAGCCUGGAGCUGGAGAGACCCGCGCUCCCGCCAGGGGAGGGCUCCAGGCAGGGCGGCCGCUCCCUGCCCCGGCCCCCGCUGAGGCUGCAAGUGCGGCGGGCUCCAGCCCACCCGCGGCUUUGCGUCAGCUUCCUCCAACGGCAGGGCCGGCACCGCCCCCCUCGCCGGGCCCAGGGGGCCUGCGACUGCAGCAUCGCCCGGAUUGUGCGUCAGCCGGCGCCGAGAGAGGCGAUUAGCCUGCGUCACAGCUCCGCGUCGGGCGGGGCCACGUGGGCGCUUGCUACUGAUGCUGUGCCGGGGCCUGCUGUGCCCGGCAUCGGCCUAGAGAAGCCCGGCAAUGGCGGAGGCGACAGCGGGCGGGCCGGGCCGGGAGGGCGGCGAGCAGGACACGCCGCCCGCGGCCAAGAGGCGGCGGCUACAGGGGGGUGGGGCGGAGCGCUUCGUGCCGCCACCGCGGAAGCUGAACCCGGGCGUGAGCUUCAGCGAGGCGCACUUCGCCGAGACUAGCUACUACUUCGAGGACGGCCUGCGCAAGGUGCGGCCCUACUACUUCGACUUCCAGACCUACUGCAAGGGCCGCUGGGUGGGCAAGAGCCUGCUGCACUUCUUCGCCUCCGAGUUCCGCGCCCACCCGCUCGCCUACUACCGCGUCGCCGCCCGCGCAGGCCGCCUCCGCCUCAACGAGCAGCCCGUGCGGGACCUCGACGUCGUGCUCAAGAAUAAUGACUUCCUGAGGAAUACUGCGCAUCGCCAUGAGCCUCCAGUCACCGCUCAGCCUAUUCAGGUUUUGGCAGAGAAUGAUGAGAUGGUUGUUGUGGACAAACCCUCUUCUCUGCCAGUACACCCAUGUGGCCGAUUUCGACACAACACCGUCAUCUUCAUCUUGGGAAAAGAGCAUAACCUCAAAGAGUUGCACACUAUUCACCGGCUUGACCGCAUGACUUCUGGUGUGCUUAUGUUUGCCAAGACUUUAGAAGUGUCCAAGAGGAUUGAUGAGCAAGUUCGACAGCGGCAGCUGGAAAAGGAGUAUGUCUGCCGUGUUCUUGGGGAAUUUCCAGAAAAUGAAGUGGUCUGCGAGGAACCAAUCCUGGUUGUUUCUUACAAGGUGGGAGUGUGUCGGGUAGACCCCAAAGGGAAAUCCUGUAAAACCGUCUUCCAAAGGCUCAGUUAUAAUGGCAAGACUAGCGUGGUCAAAUGUUUCCCCCACACAGGCCGCACCCACCAAAUUCGAGUGCAUUUGCAGUUCUUGGGACAUCCUAUUGUCAAUGACCCCAUCUACAACAUGGAAGCCUGGGGUCCUGCCAAGGGCAAGGGUGGUAAAAUUGAUAAAACAGAUGAGGAGCUCCUCAAGGCUUUAGUGGAGGAACAUAAUGCAAAACUGAGCUUUGAUAUGUUGGAUAUUUCAGAGGAAGGCCUGAAGCUCAGCACAGGAAGUAAAGACCAAGAUAGCUCAGGUAGCUGUACUCAGACUGUGGAAGUUACUGCCAUUACUGAAAACUCUUGUGGAACUGAGGAUUCAAAGAGUCAAGAAGAUAGUUCCCAGAACUCUUACAGCAAGCCAGAAACUAGUGAAACUGGCUGUGAAGAAGCCAGUCCAAGCGGGACUCUUGAUGGAGAUAUAGAAGAGAAGGACCCUUUGUGUGCAGAAUGUAAAAUAAUUAGGCAAGACCCAUCUCCGAAGGAACUGGUGAUGUACCUGCAUGCCCUGCGCUACAAAGGAGCAGAGUUUGAAUACUGCUCCAAGAUGCCGGACUGGGCACUGGAGGACUGGGAGGAAUGCCAAGAAUUAAAGCUGUGAGAACUGCAACAUUUUACAUUUCUUUUUAGCUUGUCAGGAGGAAAGUAUCUGCAAGGACCUGCAUCUAUGUGGUUAAAAUUUCCCUGGAGUUGCUGCUUUUAUUUAUCAAUUUUUAUUGGGAACUGCAAACAGGUUGUUUGUGAAUUAAAUG